UUGUUGUUUUUGGCUACGGUGUGUGUGCCUUAUUUUUUUCGAUUUUUGAUUUUGAUUUUUCGAAUUGAAAAUGAAUUUUGGUUUAAAUUUUUUCCGAAAAACAUUUAUUCAUACAAAUCCUAUUAUUACAACAUUAUUAAGCAAUGAAAAUCAAUUAGCUAGUCCAUUAUGUAAUAUUGUACGAUUUUAUGAUCGACGACGUUUUGUACGUCGAUUUGGUUAUCGACCACAUUAUCAUUCGAAAGGUUUAUUACCACGAAUACCAAAUGAACAUUUCCCGAUAAAUCGAAUACCGAUUGAAAAGAAACCAGAUCCAUGGCGAAAAGAAUCAGCAAUGUUUGGUCAAAAUGAUUAUAUCGAUAUACUUGGUGAGGAUGGUAAAAUCCAUCCAACCGAUACAAUGUCAUCGAUACCGAAUUGGUUAAGAAAAUUUCGUGGGAAUGAAAUGCAAAUGUUAAUUCGUCGCCGAAAAGCUAAACAACAUUGGCAAUGGUUUCGGCCACAAAAAUGGAUCGAUCUAAAUAAACGAAUUGAUUUUCUUUAUAAACGUCUUAAUUAUAAACGACCACCACGUCCACCAGAAUAUUAAUUUUUUUUU